CCGAUCGGAGCGACAAUCCUUUCUCAUCCUCACGCACCCUUUCGGAAGGUUUGUUAUCCGAAUUCCGUAACACACCAUCAUCCGCAGGCGCACGGACAGUACACAGGCAACGGCGCGUCCACUCGGGAGCAUCGCAUCGGAUCGUGGUGAAGAGUGAAAGGAGCAGAACCCCGAAACUACACUGCCAACAUGUCAGAAAACAAGAGCCCGAUCAAGUAUUUCCUGUCCGGAGGGUUCGGAGGAGUGUGCACGGUGCUGGCGGGCCAUCCACUGGACACGAUCAAAGUGCGCCUGCAGACGAUGCCGCUUCCGGCGGCGGGUCAGGCCCCGCUGUACGCCGGAACACUGGACUGUGCUAAGAAAACGAUCGCUCGGGAGGGCUUCCGGGGCCUGUACAAGGGCAUGUCGGCCCCGAUCACAGGCGUAGCUCCGAUCUUUGCCGUCAGCUUCUUCGGGUUCGGCGUGGGCAAACGGUUACAGCAACGAACGCCGGACGAGGAACUGUCGUACGGGCAGCUCUUUGCAGCCGGAGCCUUUUCCGGAAUCUUCACCACGACGGUGAUGGCCCCAGGCGAGCGGAUCAAAUGCUUGCUGCAGAUACAGCAGGGAGGCAACACGCCCCAGAAGUACAGCGGCAUGGUCGACUGCGCCAAGCAGUUGUAUGCCGAGGGUGGCAUGCGUAGCAUCUACAAGGGCGCCUUUGCCACGUUGCUGCGCGAUGUGCCCGCGUCCGGAAUGUACUUCCUCACGUACGAGUACAUUCAGCGAGCGCUGGCACCGGCACCGGGCGUCAAACUGGACGCGUCGGUCGCACUGCUAGGAACAAUCUUUGCCGGGGGCAUGGCCGGCAUCGCUAACUGGGCGAUCGGAAUGCCGGCGGACGUGCUCAAGUCGCGGCUGCAAACCGCACCCGAGGGCACCUACCCGAAGGGCAUUCGGGACGUGUUCCGGGAGCUGAUGAAGACGGAGGGACCACUGGCCCUGUACAAGGGUGUGACGCCCGUAAUGCUGCGAGCCUUCCCCGCCAAUGCUGCCUGCUUCAUCGGCGUGGAAGUGUUUAUGAAAUUCCUCAACGUCGUCGCGCCGGGCCUGUAACACGGAAAGAUUCGUUGGGGACCCUUCUUGGCCUCUCUACGUUAGCGCUACGUUCGCGUUGCUCGAACGUGUACUCACACGCAUCACUCUCCGCUGUGGCCUCGGCGAACACUCGCGUAGAGUAGCGGGGCAAACAAUCACCCCGCUGGUUCGGGAGUAUUGCGGA